GUACUGCCAAUCAUUAGCGGACCGGAGUUGAGUUCCGCUGUGGCGACCCCUAACCGGGAAAAGCCGAAAGACAAACAAAACUAAAAACAAGGAAAUGCAUAGGUUUUGCUCACGUGGUCCUCUCUCCUGGAUUAGAAAGGCUAUCUUUAACAUCCUUUGUACUGUCUUUUUGUUUCAUCAGUUGGGUCAAACAGCAACAAACAUGACCACUGAUAGCUUGCAGAAUAAAUAUGUGGCUGCCAUGGUUCUGAGUGGUGUCGGAGAUGCCCUUGGGUAUAAAAAUGGAAACUGGGAGUUCUGUCAUAGUGGAGAAAAGAUCCACGAGGAGCUAAAUGAAAUAGGAGGUGUACAAAACAUCAAUGUGGCUAAAUGGAUAGUUAGUGAUGACACAGUAAUGCACUUGGCAACUGCUGAGGCACUUGUACAGGCUGGAAAAGAACCAGACCUUCCUAAACUUUAUCUCCUGCUGGCAAAAAAGUACAAAGCAUGCAUGGAUGAUAUGCAGGGAAGAGCUCCAGGUAAUACUUGCACGGAAAUGGUUUAUUAUCUAAAUCCAAAUAUCGCUAAUGGAUGGCAGAUUCCCUUUAACCAGAGGAGUGGUGGAUGCGGAGCAGCAAUGCGUAGCAUGUGCAUUGGUCUUCGGUUUCCUCAUCAUACUCAACUUGAUAAACUGAUUGCAGUAAGCAUUGAAAGUGGGCGGAUGACCCAUCAUCACCCAACAGGAUACCUGGGUUCACUUGCAGGAGCACUAUUUACUUCCUAUGCAAUUAAUGGAAAACCUACCAAUGAGUGGGGAAGAGGACUUCUCGAUGUUUUAGUAAAAGCCAAAGACUACAUCCAGAGCUCGGGACAUUGUGUUGACGAAAACCUUAAGGAAUGGUCAUAUUUCGAAGGUAAGUGGACUGAUUAUCUCCAGAAAAGAGGAAUACUGGAUGGAAAAUCUACAGCAACAUUUCCUGAAGAGUACGGUGUUAAAGAGAGGGAUGCAUUCUACAAGUCGUUAAGUUUCAGUGGCUGGGCUGGCAGCAGUGGUCAUGAUGCUCCUAUGAUAGCGUAUGAUGCUAUUCUGGGGGCUGGAAAUUCAUGGACCGAACUUGCUCAUCGGGCUUUCUUUCAUGGAGGUGACAGUGACUCUACAGCAGUAAUGAGUGCAUGCUGGUGGGGUGCAAUGUAUGGCUUUGAAGGAGUUCCACUCUGUAAUUAUGAUAAACUUGAGUACCGUGGGAGACUAGAAAGUUCAGCAGCAGUCCUUUAUAACCUGAGCCAAGCUUAGUAAUCGGCCAUUAUUUAAGCACAGAGCUGCUGGCAGAAAAAAUGCUUUUUUAUAUGCAGCUUCAUUUAAGCAAUAUCCCUUAACAUAUUAUGACGCUUAAUACUUCCCACUUUUGACCUGGAUCCACUAAGAAAGCUUGGACAGUAGUAGUCACCAACACAUGGCAUGUUAUAGUCCACCUCCUACACAGAGGCUUGGGUAUUAUUUGUCUAUAAUCUGUGCUCUGUCCACAUCAGGUCUCUUGGGAUCAGUGACGGCACUUGUGUGCAGUAGGAUCUGUGGAUGUUAUUUACUCACUAGUACAAGAACACACUUUCCAGAGCCAUUGACCCACAGAGUACUUAUGACCCAGUUGAAGUUUCUGGUCUUCAUCAGGGAUUAUGCUAAUCAAGCUGCCUCACAACACCGUGUCCCUUCCCCAAGGAAAGAUGAGGAAGGAAGUAUCUUGUGACUCACCCCCCUCUCAGCUGACUGUCAUGUACCCAAGAUCCUAUUUGAUUUAAUUCCACAAGCAGUACAACUAUUCUGCCAGUAUUUAUUUGUUUAGUAUCAUAACUCUUUGUGGAUCUUCUCUUGUAUGACUAUUUUCCUACCUCUUUUGUGUUGACUUCUUGUGCCAUCAACACACUCAGUACCAUAAAGUGGUGGUUAGGACAUCCUAAAUGAGGCUGUGCUAUGCCCUGCCUUAAGCACACUCUUUUAGUUAUAGGUUUACAUGUGUGACAUUUAUGAUUAUUUAUGUGCAUUACAUGUAGUUCCUCUGGCCAAGUAAUUAGUAAUUUAUGGGAAUGUGUAUGUAAAGGUGGUAAAACUUCUGAACACUAUGCCACUAAUAGAUGAAGUACUAAUUAUUUGGCGUGGAUUAUCUGAAGCAUUGCCAGAUCAAUUUGAUUUGCAGCUGUUCAGCAAAACAAAAUUAGUAAAAAUCAAACAGCAAUGAGUUUGUCCGAAUGACAUUCAAAGUUAUCUGAUAGAAAAUUAAAGCCACAAAUUUCCAGAUCUUUGAAGAAACUUUUUUUUAAAAUGAAGAUAGAAAACUACCUUGAACUGAUAGAUUUUUAUGAUAGCUUGCCAUGUGCCAUCCAUCCCAUUUACAUAUCAAAUUAGUCAACUCACAAGAAUGCAGAAAUCAGCAGUUUGAAUAUUUCCAUCACUAUAUUAAUAAGUUCAGCAAUACUGAUAUUCAGUUAUCAGUAUUGCUGAAGACCUUGAAGAAACUAGUAGCCAUGAACUUGGUUGUAAUUUGGUUAUGAUGAUAAACCAAUGUUCACACCACUGUGUGGCAUGCCCUGUCAUGGUUUUUCUUCCACAUCAUACAUGCACACACACACACAUGACCAGUUUAGAGCAUCCAGUCUACCUACUGCAUAUCUUUGGAAUAUGGGUGGAAACUGCAGAACUUGGAGAAAACCAACACAGACACAGGGUGGACUUACAAUGUCUGCACAGAAGGCCCACCGGAUACAUAUAUAUUCAUCACCGUAUUUUUUUUUUUGCACAGAGCAUCAAUUUGCUUGAUUUUCCUCCCAUUUAUAAAAUGGUGUAAUGGGGUUUCUAUGAAGUCAUCGCUACAAACACAACCCAAAAACAUUGUUUGUCAAUGCUGAACAUUAGCUUGCGGAGAACUAAUCUUUAUGAAUUAGGAAGUACUGGCAGUGUGUGUUUUGAGGGAUAUCCUGAGGAUCAUGUUCAAAGGUAAAGCUGUUGAGAAUGAUUGUAAGAAGGUUAUAAAGGAGGAAGUAAAUAAGUAAAUGAAUUGUAAUGGGAGGUUGGCAUAAUGGUUAAGUUGUUUACUUUGCAGGCGCAAGGUGCAGGGUUUGAUUCUCACAUGGGGUAAUUGGCUAGGCUUAAAGUUACCCCUGAGGGCAUUUAGCCUAGUACUACCCUAUAAACCUAUGGAAUAAUACUAGAUACAGUAUGACAACUUUGCAAAUAAUCCUAGGAUAUAUUUCCAUUUAUUUUAAAGCUAUUACAGUUAAUACAAUGCUACUUGCCAGCACAAUUACAACACAAUGCUAUGUAUCUUUUACAGUGGCUAAAAACUGUAGUAAUUAUAAAUUGGUAUAGAUAUGCUCAAAUAUUUAAUGCAUAUCUUUAGUAAGACACUAUAUAUUUUUAUUAGUUGUUACUCAUUAAAGCUUUUCUUCUUUAUGUACUACUCAUAUCUAAUAUAGUUCUACAAAUAUUCAUCUUUCAUUGAUCAAUUGCAAUACUCAGUUUAUUUUUCCACCCAGUGUGAUGUCAUUGCUUUUUUUUUGUAAAACCAGUAUAGAAAAUUCACUAAUUAAUAAAAUGAUAUUGCUCAUCACA